AUGUUUUCUCGUCGCUUCGAGCCGUCUCAGACAAAGAGUGUCUCCUCGAAGUCUGGAAGGUCCAGAAGGGCAAGCUCGUCCUUCAACAAAGAGGCCGGCAUCUCUAAGAGGCCCGUUGAAUCUGGUCGCCGCCGUGCCGGUACCAUCUCCAACGCGGGUGCAUCCGAGUCUGCCCUGGGUGGUUCCAUCUCGGCCAUUGUUACCCUCGUCGUCGGUCAGGAGCAGAGGAUCUUUGCUGCCCAUGAGAACAUCCUUGGCGCUUCGCCUUUCUUCCAGAGCGUCCUCAAGAACCAGUUGAUGGACUCGCAAACCAAGAAGAUCUCGCUUCCCGAUGAAGAACCCGAAGUCUUCUCGUCCAUUCUCGAGUUUCUCUACAAGGGCGACUACUACCCGCGGCUGGUGCACAACAAGAAGAGGAAUUCGUGGGAGUUAGAGCAGGCUGGCGAGGAUGGCCGGUCCGAGGCUACCGUUUAUCACCACAGCGUCGAGGGCGAGCUGCUGAAGGACACGGCCAUCUACUGUGCCGCUGACAAGUACGGCCUGGAGGAACUGAAGCGCAUCUCUCUGCGAAAGCAGGGUCUUCAGUCCGGCAUCCAAGCCAGCACCAUCUUGGCCUCGGCUCGCUACGCCUACGCCAACACGCCCGACACCGACUCCAAGCUCCGGGCCCACUACCUCGCUCUCAUCAUCCGCAGCCGCAGCACCUUCAAGCGCAGCGGCACCAUGCAACUCGAGAUGUUCAACGGCAACACUCAGCUCUUCUUCGACCUGUUUGUUGCCCUGUGCAACCAUGUGGAUGACAUCUCGAGCGCUGCCAGCACGCCUCGGACUCCUCGCAGCGGCCGCCCCUUCUAG